GGUUGCGGGCUCGGCCGUCAGUCGUCGGGUGAGCGGGGUGCGACGUAAACGCGGACUCGGACUAUGGCGGAAGGGCUGAUCCUCAUUCCCAUAAAAGGGUCGAGUUGAUCGUGGUGCAGAUACGUGUGGUCCCCCGCGCCCGUCACACAAACUGCACUAAGCACUGUCAAACGUGAACAUUGAAAAUGGCUAUUUAAAACUAAACAUUAUCUAUUGUUGUUGAAGCUUUGUUGUGUUGUUCAUGGAACAAAAGAGAGAUACUUAUGUUUACAUCUUUGAAUAUUUGUUGGUUUAUUAGAUAUUAAGAUUGAACUGGUAAAUCAUAUCUUCCAAAGAAGGAAUAAAGAGCAAAAUGGCUACGCAAAGAUUUUGCCUUAGGUGGAAUAACCACCAGUCGAAUAUGCUGUCGGUUUUCGACCAGCUAUUACACGCCGAGACAUUCACAGAUGUGACUCUGGCCGUGGAUGGUCAGCUCUUGAAAGCACAUAAAAUGGUGCUUUCGGCAUGCAGCCCAUAUUUCCAAGCCUUGUUUGUCAAUCAUCAAGAAAAACAUCCUAUUGUUAUACUAAAGGACGUUCCGUACUCUGAUAUGAAAAGUUUGUUGGAUUUUAUGUACAGAGGAGAAGUGAGCGUCGACCAAGAAAGGCUUACGGCUUUCCUCAAAGUUGCUGAGAGCUUGAGAAUAAAGGGUCUGACCGAGGUGAACGAGGAGAAAUGUGAUAUUCCGGCACUAACUAAUUCGUUAAUUCAGCAACAGCAGACAAAUGCCUCCGCCCACACGCCUCCGCCGCAACUGCACAGAAUACAUCCGUACAUGCAUCAGAAGCGACCGGCGGCUGGAAUGCCAACAGGAGGUGCACCUCCUAAUUUACUAAUGCCAUUAUUAGGUAAUGCCUUAAUGCAGCCUAAAAGGAAGCGUGGUCGGCCCAGGAAACUUAGUGGAAGUUCAAGUGAUGCCUUAAAUACUGCGGCCAGUCCACCCGGAGAAUUUGUCCCGGAAGCAGCUUCACACGCCCCACCUAACAGAGGGGGAGAUCAGUUGAUUAGAGGUUCACCUGAAAUGUUAGAAGUAAAGAUGUCUAUGGACGGGUUCAGUGCUGAGGAUGGUGGAACUUCAGGAGGCGAGGAGACCGGUGAAGCACUUCUAAUCGACGAAGGAGACGACGCUCAGUCGACCGAAACUCCGACGGCCGGCAAAGACUCCGAGUCUGCAGGGCGUGGCUCACCUGACUCUGACAAUAAAGACACAAAGUACGCGCAAUCUCCCUCACGUGAUGCUCAUGGAAAAAUACGAGUUAAUCCAGCGACUCAGGCCUCGACUUCAAACGAAUACCAGAACGAUUCCAUUAAUAACAACACCUUACAAACUGGAGCAAACCAAAUGCAAAGGCCUUCGGUCAGGAGGCGGAUCAGAAGACGAGCCAAUUCCGCAUCGAACGAUCCCGCGGAGCAACUCACGGAAAUGUCCGUAAGAGGCCUCAAUUUAUUCAGAUACGCGUCUAUAAACGAGGGAGUCUACCAGUGUACCGAGUGCGCUAAGGACAACAUACAGAAAACGUUCAAAAACAAAUAUUCAUUCCAAAGGCACGCCUUCUUGUAUCACGAGGGGCAGCAGAGGAAAGUGUUUCCCUGUCCGGUAUGCGGCAAGGAGUUCUCGAGGCCUGACAAAAUGAAGAACCACAUGAAGACAACGCACGACUGCUACGUCCCUAAGGACUGUGUGUAUCCACCGAAUGCGUUUUUUAUGCUCCCCGGUAUGGAGGGCCAGCUCCCUCCCGGCAUCAAGCUGGAGGCGAUGGGCUCAGGGUCACCGCACGCGGCGACGCCCACUCACUCCUCGCCAGACCCCGCUCAGGCUUGAACUGUGCUUCGACCUACGAUUGUUAUGUUUGAUUCCAUAUCGUGUGUAAGGAUUAUUCUCUUAGCACAAUCUAGAGUGCCUUAGCGACGUUUGAUCGUGACUUUUUAUUUAAAGUAUAUAGGAAUACGAUCAACAAUGCGGUUCAAUUAUUACAAUAGUAUUGUUUGUUAUAUUUUUGGAUAUAAAUUUUCAUGUUAAUGUUUCGUUAAAACAUUUUAUAAAUAUUAUAUUUCCAUUUGAUACUGUUGUGCAUUUAUAUCGGAAGUUCGUCGUUACAAGCUCAUAUCGUUAACUUAUUUGAAGUAUGGUUGUGCAAAUAUUAGACAAUAAUAUUAUAGACGAGGCCAGUUGCUGCUUUUUAAAUUUAAACGUUGUACUGAAAAUAGCGUUAGACGGGUGCUGUACAAGUCUGAAUUGUGCCUUCCAGUAAAUCCGUUAUUGAUAAAUAUAUGAAUUUUAGAAAGAUUUUAUAUGUUAUCGAUUAAGUGUUAGAGAAAAGUGCCCAUAUUUUGUAGUUAUUCAACGUACCGCGAAAACCGACCAAAGACUGUUUUAAAAAGUACUUUAUCUAACUUCUUCAAGAAUCGCAAGACGUCACAUUUAAUUGAAUAUAAAAAUAAAGUCUAUAAAAUAGCAAAAAAAGUAACACCGUUAAGUAAUUAAAUUGUAUGAUUUUUAGAAAGUGAAUAGGUAUUAUUAUAAAAUAUUAUACGAUGAAAGCAAUAUAAAUUGACUAGUGUGCCGGUAUUAUGGGAGACGCGCGUCUAUGUUACAAGAUUGUUUAUAUUUCUAUUCUUAUUAAAGACUUGAGAUAGUUUUAUUACAUUUAAUAGAUAUAUAUUUAUAUAUACAUAUAUGUAUAAAUAUUAGUUUGUAUACUGUUCAGUACGUUAUGUACGUAAGAUUUUUAUAAGACAACAGAAGUAUAUUUUAUAUCAGAGAUAUCUUCGUAUAAAUGUGCCAUAGCACAGACAGCCCUUCUCUAAAAUAUAAUACUUCCUACUAAAGUUUCUGUAUUUUAAAUAUGUACUAAAUUAGUUCAUAGUUAAGUUAGUUACUAGAGGUACUAGUUAGUCUAGGCCUGAAAACGAAAUCAGCAGUUCUUCCAUUGAUAAGGGAAAUAAUAUACUAAUUUUUAUCGCCUAAUAUACUUGACUAGUAUAAGACUAGUGUAGCUGUGGAGAUAUUUAUGAAACGAGAAAUUUAUCUUAAUAUUCUCAUUGAACUGUCAGAAAUAAGGAAAAGUUGACGAAACAAUUAAAAAUAUAGUUUAUGAAACUAAAUCGAUAAACGAUUUGUAUUCAAAUGUGCGAAAAUGCUCUAAGUUGCUCACAACGUGCCAAUUAAAAAAAAAACAAAAGAUUUGACUAUUUUUAUUGAGCAUGCUAUUUUAAACAAAACUCGUGCACAGCAGCCACGCUGCCCCCUAGAGAAAUGUGUUCGUAAUAUGAAUUCUAAUGGAAUAACAGCAUUAACCAUUAACUCUGAACUAAUAGACCGGAUGAUGGCAACAACCUGUGUGGAAUUACAACUCUGAAAUCAAGCACAGAAUCCUAAGCUUUGUAUUAUGAACAAAUUAUAUUUAACAAGAAUAUACUUUGCGUUAUUAAUUUUAAAAAAAAACAUGUAAUGUCAAAUUUAGUGUCAAUAUUAUGUUAAUUUGCAGAUGUUUAUGUACAAUAAAAUAUUCAUUUAUUAUGAUAUACUUUUGAAAAGCAAAUGUCCACAGCUGCCUAAAUUUUAAGUUCACUUUCUUAUAUUUUAUGAUUAAUAAUUACAUUAUUAAACUUAAGUUUUUUUUUUUAAAUAUAUUUGUCGAGAGUAUAUAAGAGCAAUUUAAUAAGUUAGGUAAUAUUAAAAAGAUACUAAAAUUUAUAGGUAUUAAGUAUAAAGUCUACUUAAAGAUUGGCUUAAGAACCGUACAUUUGUAUUUUGUUUAGCGCACAUUAUGUUGUUACACCAGAGUUUUACUUUAGGAAGACACAUUCUUUGUAUAUAUUUUAGUAUUUUUCUUAGAUUAUUAUUUUUCAAGUCGAAAAUGUUAUUGAAACACAAAUCAUUUUACACCGACAUUGGUCCCUUCGUUUCUCCUCAAAUUGUACUUUUAAUCCUUUUAAGUCAUUUAGUUCCCUACUCGUAAAGCUUUUUUUCCUUUUAUCAUUUCAUAAUUUGUUCUAAUGUCCGUAGUUAUACAUGGUUGUAUCUAUUUGUUAUUCCUGUCACUUAAUAGGGACAUGCCCUGAAGGAAUUCACAGUAAAAGAGGGGCGUAACGACCGGACCGGACCGUACACGACACGGUAUAUAUAAUCACGAGAUUUGUCCGCAGUUGAUAAGUUUUUGAUUGCAAUUUAAUUUCAACAAUCUAUCACUUAGGUAACGUUUUACGAGUACACUGAUUAUCGUAUAAGUAGCUGAUACAUAAAUCAGAUACAUAAAUUGUAUCAUUGUCUUCUGUCUUUUUGUUUCUAAAGGCAUAAGCGUGCUUCAUUGAUGUUAAAAAUUUUCAAUAUAGGUUACACAAAACUAGUGAGGACUACCGUCGCUCCUCCCACGCCGUGAAGUUAUCUGAGAAAUUAUACUAAAAGGUGAUAAAUACAUCCUAUUUGAAAAGUUCUCGGAAACGGAAGAAGUACGUUUUAUUUUUGGAAAUUAUAUUAUUAUGUUACUAGUGUUUUUUACAUCGCGCGCAAUGUAAACAAUUCAAAUCAGCUGAUGCGCGGAUUCGACUGACCUUACGGAACACGUCUGUUCACUGCCUUAGUAAUACUAAUAAUCGUACACACAUGUAUGUCCUAUCUGUGUGCUUAGUGCGAGUUUUUUAACGUUUCCGAUAGCGUAAAAGUUAGCUCAUAUUUGUAUGGAAUGGGAUCGUUUGCCUACGUUUGCCGUUAGGGGCGCUGUUCCAACUGAAGACAAAACUAGGUUAACUUUUACGCUAUCGAGAACGUUAAAAACUCGCACUAAGCAAACUGUUUGACAUCGGUGUGGUCGAUGGAAAAAUUCACGCGGCCAUAAACGUAGUAGCCUAAAUUUUUUUUUUCAAAUUUGUUCUGUGUUUCAAUGACAGUUUUUUUUUAAUCUGUAAACUCGCCAACAAGGUAUUAACAAUUUGCUGUGUGAUUUGUAAUUAAGUUUGUACGACAGCGCCAGUCAACCGCACAAAACAGGAUUGCUGAAGUUUUCAAGGUGUUUGGUUUUUUCUUCUUCUUAAUUGUUAAAAGCUGAAAUGUUGUUCAGCCACAGUUAACUAUUUGUGUUACAUAUAUAUUUUGAUUUUUUUCUAUUUCUCUUUUUUUCAAUAAUUAUGUUUUUUUUUUUAUUUCUGUAAACCAUUAUUAUUAUGUUGAAGCUGUCCUUUAUCUUUUUUUGUAGUAUUUUAUUUUGUGAUAUUAGUGCUAACUAAGUUGGCGAAUGUUUCAUUGUUGAGUUAUUUUUAAAUCUUACUUUUCACUUCUUCACGUGCUGCAAGGCAGCGUAAAAAUGCAAAUUUAUUUCUAAUUUAAGUUCGUUUAAUCGAUAAGUGACAAGUAUUAUGUACACUGCGCACUAAAAUUUAGGGUUUGGUGAACUUUUUAUGUCUUUUUUUUCGUGCCUAUUAUAGAUUUAUUAAUCGCACAAAUUAACUGAUAGUUAUUAAAGCCUGAAAUUAUAUAUUCCACAUUACACACGUAUAUUUUAAGAUGGAAAUAUAUGUUUUAAAAUUAGUUGCAAUUAUGUUUGUCUAUGUUAACUGCAUCUUAAUGUAAGUGCCUAUAUUUUAAGACUUUCCCGAAGGCGAGUUUCGUGCGCGAUUGUCCAGACUUGACGUAUUUUUUUUCCAUGAAGUGACACGUGACGUUUUGGGAAACGUCAAACGUCAUUCUUGGUAAAAUUAAUGGCAGUUGUUCACAGUCACCACUCAAAAUAUGUAUUAAUUAAAAACAAUAAUAGUUUAUUAAUUUUUACUCAACGUGCAAUUUAUACGGAUGUUCUGUUUUUUCUUAUCUAAUUUUAUAUUUACCAUUUAAUCUUAUAAAACAAUGUAAAAGAUUUACUGUUGAACAUUUUUCUAGAUAUUUAAAUAAAACAAGUUUUUCUUAUCUUUGAAAUAUAUGUAAUUAUAGAACUUAGUAUUAUUCAUUUCGCACAAAUAUAUUUUUACAAAACUGAAAUUUCUGUACAUACAAAUAUUGUAGAAGCAAUGUUUUUCUUACAAAUAUUAAUUGUUGACAAAAAUUAAUUCACGCUUAAAAAAAUAUAUUUUGUACCUAUGUCUUAUCCUUGUAAUUUUUAUUAACUUUCUCCGUCUACAAUGCGAUGAAUGUCGGCCAUAUAAUAUUGUGUUUGUAUAAAUACCCUAACUAUUAUGAAUUUUAAAAUCAUAGCGUAUAAAACCGUUAGAUAUUCGAUAGUUUAUUUAAAAAAAA